AUGAGCAGAACUGCAUCAAGAUAGUAGAGCAGAGCUUCGAUUAUGCAACCUUAAGGGUAAGCAACGACCCAACAAACCUAAUAACCGGUUUCUACAAGUGCUCCAAAACCUUUGCCUUAAGCACCCGUUUCUAAUGAAAGAAAAUGGCUUGGCAAGAAUCCAGAAGUGGUGUGCUUUUUACUUGCUUUGGAGAAUGAUAGGUUGGUGAGGGAGAACAAUGACUUGGUUAAAUACAUCAACGAAUUGAAACAAAGUAGUGGAGGGACACUUGAUUAGUUCAAUCAACUAAAGAAAUAAUAUGAGGAAGCAUUGCAAUAGAUUAACAAAUAGAAAAUUGACAUAGAUGAAUUAAACAAGAGGAUACGUUCAUUGGAGUAGGAAUUGAGUGAUGCCAAAAGCAAAUACGGACAAGUGGAUUAAACUUUACCAUAGAAAUUAGCAGAUGCAGAGAAGAAAUGGAAGGAGUUCGAGAGUUUGUACAAUAACUUAAAGUUGAAAUACGACACAGAUAUAAGGGAUUGGCAAUUGAAGUACGACGAGUUGAAUAGAAAGGCAUUGGAUUGGGAAAGAAGAUACGGUAUCUUGGAAUAGUAGAUGAAGCAAAUGCAAGAUGAUCACGAAUUAGAAUUAAGGUCAAGUGGAGAUUCAGCCAAAUAGUACGAGGAUCAACUGAGGGAAUGGGAAUUGAAAUAAAAUGAUUGGGAUAAUAAGUAAAAGGCUUUGAGGGCAGAAUAAGACAGAUUGAACCAACUACUAAAAAACAAGGAUGAUGAAUAUGAAAGAUUGAAGGCUCAAUUGUUGGCUGCCCAAAGAGAGUUGGAUGACUAUAAAAAUAAGUUAAGGGAAAGUGAUUAGGCAUCUGGAUCAAAAUUCACAGAGUAUGAAAGUAAGAUUGCUGAGUUGAGAUUACAAAAUCAAUAAUUGAAUUAGGAUUUGGAGAGGUUGAAAAAGAGAUAUUAAGAUUUGGAGGAUUAAUUAAAUAGAUUGCAAUCAUAAAAUUAGAGUUAGGACUCAAAGGUUAGUGAAUUGUAAUCCAAGUGUGGAAAUUUAGAAAAUGAAGUUGAGAAGUUGAAUAAUGAUUUAAGAGAUAAGGAAUAAGAAAUUACUAAAUUGCAAGGAAAACAAAUGUAAUUGGAAUAAAGAAAUAAAGAAUUGACAGAUGAAAAUAAUCUACUGAGAAAGAAGGUUGCUGAUUAGAAGGCUGAAAUUGAAAGAUUGGAAUUGGAAUUAAGAUAGAAAAUAAGUGAAAUUGAAUAUUAUAAUUUGAAUCUAGUGAAUCAAGAUGAAAGAAACAAAUAACUGUUAAAUUAGGUAGAUGAUCUCUAAUUUUAAUUAUAAGAUUUCAAAACUAAUUAUUAAUAAUUAGAAGAAGACUUUAAUAGAUUAUAAAAGAAAAAUGAAGACUUGGAGAAUAAAUGCGCUUUGUUCUCUGCUGAAAUCGAUAGAAUGAAGAAUAUUAUCAAAUUGAAGAAUUAAGACUUAGAAAAAUUGAGAAGACAAAUAGGAUCACUUGAAAUUGAGAAGAAGUUCUUUGAAUAAUAGAUUGAAGAUUUGCUCAAUAAGAUGAAGUAGAUGCAAGAUGAAAUUGUCAAACUCAAUGAGUUAUUGAAGGAAAGACUCAAGCAAUUACAAUAAUAGAAUAACACCAUUAUAUCCUUAAAUCAUUAAUUAGGGGAGAUGAAAGCAUUGCAAACCUAUUGUGAUUAACAGGAUAAGAGAAUUAAUGAAACAACUAAUAAACUUAAUGAGGCCUUGUUGUAAUUGUAAUUCAAGGAUAUUGAGUUGAUGAACAUAUCAGCAUUAUAGGCUUCAAUAUAAGAGAGAGAAAAAUAAGCUGAAUUAUUGAAUAAUGAAAUUGUUAGAUUGUAAAAUGAUAUCAUCAAUAAAUUGAAAGAAUCAGAUGAUUAAAAGGAACAAAUCAAAAAACUCAACGAUGAAAUUGCAAGGUUGAAGACUCAAGAAUAAAAUCUUCAUGAUAUUGAAAGAAAACUACAAAAUGCUGUCGAAGAAAUUAACAGAUUGGAAUCUCAAAAAUCUGAUUUGGAAAAUCAAGUUUCUGUUAAUAGAUAAUCAUCACCUAAACAUACCAUCACCAAAGAGAUACGCAUUGAAAAAACCUCUGUUUAAGUAGAUACAACAGAGAUUGAUAAACUUAAACAAGACUUAAGAUAGAAAUAAUUUGAAUUGGAUUAAUUGAACAAUUAAUUAUUGAUCUCUUAAAAUGCAUUAAAGUCUGCUGAAGACUAUAUUGCAGUCCUAUUAAAUAGAAUUAAUAUCUUGAAUAAAGAAAAUGAAGACAUGCUCUAAGGAAAACAAUAAUUGGAAAUCCAAGUUCAAGAUACCAGAACACUUCAAGAUAAACUCUAGAAUUUAGAAAAGCAAUUAACUUAAUUUAGAAAUGACAAUGAAAGAAUCUUAAGGGAAUUCAAAGAGAAGAGCAAAUUAUAUGAUGAUGCAAGAUAAAAAAUUAGUAAAUUAGAAGCCUAAGCCACCGAAGCAAGAGAAUUGUAAGCCAAAUUAAGAGAAAUCGAAAACAAAUUAGUAUUUGCUUAAACCAAUCAAGAAAGAUUGACUGCAUAAUUAGCUGAAAAAACUGAAGAAAACAACAAUUUGAAAUAGAAUUUGUAAAUUGCCAACAAUGAAAUCACCAAAUUGAGUGAACAACUACAACAACUAUCAGAAUAAGAACGUUUAUUGAAAGAACAAGUUAACCAUUUAUUAUAAGACAAAGAUGCCUUGGAUAAUCUUAAGAGACAACAUGAAGUUCUUAUUGCUGACAUCUCAAAGGCUAAUUAAAAUAUUGAUCAAUUGAGCAUAGAAAGGGAUUCUUUGGAUAAUUAACUCAAAUAGAAUUAACAAGAACUUGAGAAAUUGAGAAUAUUAUAAGAGAAGGUUAGAUUCUUGGGUGGAGAAUGCAAUAAAUUGAAUGAUAAAUUGGGUAGGGCUGAAAAUGAAUUGGAUAACUUUAGAAAGAGAGGAUAAGAGAAUUCCGAUCUUAACAAAUAAAUAAUAGACAAAAAUGGUUAAAUCGAGAGACUAAAUAAAGAGUUAGAAAAUCUAAGAAAAUAAUUAGAUGGUAAUUAUUGA